UGUAGAAGCUCAGCUGGCCCCGCCUCUUGCUCGGCGAGACUCGGGCACAGAGCAGAGCGCUCAACACAAGCUGCAGAGCCAGCACCGGGACUCUGAAACGGCAGGGAAGCACCGGCUUCAUGUGCAGCAACACAGAACUGAAAUCCACGCAUCACAACUGAUCCGGCACACUGCAGCAGCAGCAAUGAGACGGGAAGCUACACUGGGAUGCCUCUAAGAGGAACGCAUGGUGAACUGAACGAAAAGAAAGGAUGAUGCAGCAGCAAUAAAUGAAUUUGAAUAAAUCUGGAGCAAAAGGUCCCUUUAAAAAAAAAUAUGGCAGUGGCCGCAGAACAAUGGGAAGACCCAACUGGGGGUGAAAAUACAGAACCGCAGACUCAAGAUAAGACAGCAGAUAAACCGUCCGAGUGCCGAGCAGAGACAGAGGUUCCCAGCCCGACAGGAGAGUCUCGGCACAUGACAGAGGAAAGACCCAAACCAUCAGCGACGGCCACAGAGAGGAUUUGGGGACAAUUCUGGAAAGGCAGCGGGUUCGGCAAAGCGAACAGGAAAAAUAAGCGCGAGGGCUCCGAAACUAACAGGAGCGGUCCGGAAUUCGACGGCAAUGCGAGUCAAACCGCUUCGGCUGCCAAGCAGCUGGAAUCCAGAGAAAGCGCGCCGCCCAAAUCAACGGCAGCAGAACUGGAAUCCCCAGCGAGUCAGCUUUCCUUGGAGGUAGAAGCAGGCCUUGGGGCACGGCCCACGGAGAACCGCGCUGGGACAGAAGAGCCGACGAGGGAUGAUUCGAAGCUGCCUCAGAAAGACACACGGCCACGUCAUAUUGAGAAAUCGAGCAGCGUCAGGGAUUUCAUCAAGAGGCCGGUCUCGAAGAUCUUCUUGUAUAAAAGCACGGAGAACAAAGCAGUGGGAAGGCAAGCCAACGUGAGCAAGGGUCUCUCUACAUCCCUCGAUCGGUUGUCGGAGAAGGAAACCUGCGCUGCGAUCGAAACCUGCGAGUUGGAAAACAACCCAGGGCAGCGACACAAACAUCCAGGGCUCGCGCACACGAGACGCUGGCACUCCUUUAAGAAGAUCGUGGCCCCAAAGACCCGCAAGAAAAGCCCAGAUGAGCCGAAAGACGACAAGGGAGACGCCGAUCGCAACAAAACCCCCGAAUUUAAAGAUUCGGUUUCGGGGGGUGACCCAGAGAACAAGGGGUGCAAGAAAAGGACAAUUAAGAGGUCUUGGACAUUUCAGGUCAUCCGGAAAGAUCGCUCGUUCACGGCCAGCAACAAAACGCCCAGCUGGUCUGAAGACCCCGUGGCGGUCAAGCAAGACCGGAUGGAAAAGGUAGAAAACCAAACAGAUCAUGAUAAUCAACUGGCUGGUGAUGAAGAAGAUGCUGUUGAAGGAGAUGGGGUGCAUCGAGACACAGAGAGGAAGGCAUCACCGUCCAAUGGGAAUACAAAGUCAAGGGACCAGCAAGCCAGUGAGGUGUGGAAAUCCUUUAAGAAACUGGUGACUCUGCAGUCAAAGAGGACCACCGAGGCUACAGAGACAGAGCAAAGUCACUUAACUGAAGGGCAGGUCAGUCUGGAUAAAUCAAGCAGGCAGCAGGCGGUUCCUAAAAAGGCACGCUACUCCAGGGCCGUGUCUCUGAAAAAUAUAAUCCUUCGCAAAAGCAAGAGUAAAAGUACUGAUCUGGAGGAAGCAGCAACCGGCACAGCUUCUAUCAGCAACCUUCCUGGAGUCGACCCUGAGCGAGAGAAAACCCUGUCUUGCAAGAAGGAAACGGCCACUGCUAGAUCCGGAGAAAUUAAAGCCGACAGCAGUGGCGAUUUGUCUGAUCCAAAAGAAGGUCUCGGCGAUAUUCAGAAACCUUCAGUGACAGAACAGGUGAGGGAUGCUGGUGAAGAACAGAAGCAAACUGUAACUGUGCAAUCUGACGUUGCCGAAAAGGUGCAAGAUGUGACGGAAGGCAAUGCAGAUCUUGGUGGAAAACCGGAAUCUGAUCAGUCUUUGGGAUGCAAUCUGCCUAACUCUGGCACAGUUUCAAGCCAUGAAAAAAGCAAGGAAAUCAAUUUCAACGGUGGAGUAAUAAAAGAAACCCCCCUUUCAGGAUCGAAAAGGGCAGCGGAGAAAGAACCAGCUGAAAAUAACAAAGGAGGAGCAUUAGAUCCAUCGCCAGGAAGGAAGUCGUUAAAUCUGAAGUAUAACGGAAGUGAAAGUGCUGGUAUUGGUCUACCUUCGGUUGAACAUGGACUCUCAGAAGACCCAGUAAAGAGCACAGGAAAAGAAUUACCACCAUGUGAAAGAACUGAAGUUCUUUGUGCAGGACAUCGAUCUGGAACAUCAAUGCAAGAUGAGCAGAAUUCUCAUCAACAGCCACCACUGAAGCACCCAGCUGAAACAGAGCCAACCAAGGAAAGUGUACCUAAAGGGGUCACCGUUAACGCCAGGGAAUCAACAGUGAAACAGAUGCCAGAUGCCUCUCGCUCAAUCUCGGAGAUAAGACUCAACGCACCCACUGAUCCUCUGGAAGCCAGUCAGAAAGCUGGAGAUGGUUCUAGUGAAAAGAUGACCUUGAACUUAGAGGACAACGGGAGAUCACCGUGCGGAACUGACUCAAUAGGCGCUCUAGCUGAAAGCAAUGCAGAGAAGAGAACCGAGGGUAUCGGGAGUUCUUCCACCGAGACCGUCCAUGAAGUCUGCUCUUCUGAUGCUACUGCGGAAACGAUAACAAAAAAGACUUCGGAAGAAGGUAAUUCUCAUGACACUCAUCAGGACGGUCCACCUUCUUCUGUUGAGAAUCUCCGUAAGGUCGCUUCUUCCGAAGCAGAAAUGACAGCCACGGACGUCCUGGGCUUCCACGGCGCUGGGAGUGGCCCGAAUAUUGAGAACUCCACUGCAGAGACCCGACGUCCACCUCCCUCUUCCACGGAGAACCUUCACACCAAUCCAGAGGAAGAGGAGAAUAAGAUGUUUUACGAGGCAGCAGCUGCUAUUGUGAGGACGGUGGUGAGUGCGGCUACUGAUCAGAUCACGAAGGAGCAAGACGCGUUGGACAACGACGGCUUCAAGGGAUCCUAUUCCAACAACAGCAAAGACGACGACAACAACACGGGUUACGUUGGCAUGGAUCUGUCCUACUGACAUUAGCUAGCUGAGGUUUUCGUCAAGCAAGGAGCGAGGAAAGCACCAAAACAUCAUUGGUUUUAAGGAUUCAAAAUUAGACUUUUUUUUAUUUAUUUGGAGGGCACCCAUAUAUAUCAGAAACAAAAACAAAAAUAGAUUUCAGUUGACUUUCUUGAAGAAUAAGCAAAUAUUUUUCUUUUGUUUUUGCCAAAAAUAAUAAAAAAAACGUAUUCAGAAAUGGACCAUGAAGCAAUAUUAAUAAACAUUUAAAAAAGGACUGUUUGUAAACACUCUCUUGGGUUACACAGCGGUUUAUAUAUAUAUAUAUAUAUAUAUAUAUAUAUAUAUAUAUAUAUAUAUGAAAUAGUUCAUCCUCAAACAGGUUUACAUAAACUUCCAGCUUGCACAAUCAGAAUGAGCUUUCAUAGACAGUCACUUAACAUUGCAAUCUUUAACAGUCCUAGCAGUUAGCGUUUUGUGAACCCCACGUUAUUAACAAAAACAGAAACACAACUGGAAUAAGGAAACAAAACCUUCCAGACAACGGUAUUAUAGAGGAUCAUAGCCGAACAGUAAAGAAACUACUGAAUCGCCAGGCUGUAUCUGUUCAAAUACAGUGUGACCACGACGGACACUUUUAAUGACGUGCAAAGAAGAUUGUAUAUUUUGACUUCCCGUUGGCUAAAGGACAGUAUGCAAUAAUUAUAAACAAUAACAAUAAAACAGAAGACAUGAUCUUUAGCAAUAAUAUUUUAUGUUGUUAAAUGCUUUCAUCUUACCUUCCUCAGUGGCUGUGUCUUGUGGCGCUGGAGUUGUGGCGUCCAUUGUUGUUUCUCUUUGAUUGUGCUCAUCCCAGCUACGCCAUUGGUUAUCGUAUUUGUCGUCCAGCCAAUCAGGUUCUCAGUAGAACAUUCAUCGUCGUGCAGUCUUGGAAUUCGUGCAGCAGUGUUGGCUUACAGACUACUCCAAGGAAAGAAAUGUAAACGUACCUGCAGUAUUCCAGUGGUAUUCUGUAUUAUCCAUGAACUGAUGAAGUUAGACAGCUGGGCUGGAAGAAAACCUGCAAGUCAUUUUUUUAAAUAGAGGAAUUACUAGGGGUGUCUGUACACUGUAGAGUUUAAAAUGUUAAAAAUUUGGCCGUGUGUUAAUACGUUUCACCGCUGUCUAAAAAUAUGCAAGCUUGUUUUCACUUGGUAGGUUUAGAGCGAUGGCCAAUUUAUUUCAGAUUUAGUAUUUCUUCAGUCUUUCCAUAGCUGGGCAGUCUUUCGCACAGCCACAUGUUGCAGUAAUUUAAAAACCGCAAUGGCUUUCCUGAUUGGUAACAAGCAAUCCCCAUAUGUACACUUUAGGUGUUUAAAUGUGUUUAAUACUAAACAUUAAGGAAAUUAAAGUGACGAUGACAGCUCUAUUAAUUUCCUUAUUAAUUAAAAGGCUUGAACUGCAGAACAUAUGGAGCCAAGAGGAAGUCAAUAACGCUCAAGAAAAACAGCUGUUUCUAAUGACAAUAAUACCUGUUCAUUGAAAUCGUGUGGAUUCGUACAAAUGUUUUUUUUUGUUUUUUUUUUACUUUUGUCUUGUGUAUUAUUGACUGGAAAUUCCCACUUAUUUGGAAAACCCUACUCUGCCAUUUGUUAGCAGUGUGAUAGUUGAAUUUAUUAUUGUACUCUGUAGUAGCCUUGUCAUGAAAAAUAAAUGAUUCUUUAAAACACACAAUUGCUAUUUAUAUUUUUAAAUACGUACAAAAAAGUAAACGCAUGCCACCAUUUCCCCCACCCCCACCCCACAUCCCCAACAUAGUAUAUAAUGCAU